AAACCCGCUGACAAAGUUUACAACGUUUGCUGAGACUUUGAUUUCAGAAUCCAGUGGAUAGAAUUCCCAGGGAAGGCAGCAUGGAAACGUGAAGCUGUUGGAUUUUUCAGGAGGGAGAGAGAGAGAGAGAGAGAGGUGACUCGCAAAAUGGAGAUGGGCGUGGAUUUCUGUCUUGACUUGUGAGGUCAAUGCUGUGUCCACACCCUCUUUCAUGAACACACAAAAAAAGUGUACACAGCACACAGUCAGAAUUAGACAGAGCUACCUGCAGGGUGAGACACACCUGGGACUCGUUCGGUCAAAGUUGCUGCCGCAUUUUGUGGAUUUUAUUGAAGUGCUGAAGGAUUGGAACAUUUAUUGAUUUUGCCACAUCAACAGAUCAGCGAUGAGCUACGGGUCCAAAGACCUAAAGGGAAUGCUCCAGUAUGGGGAGAAGUCUUCAAAGCCCAGUGGCAGGUCCCUAUACGAGCAAAGGAAGAAAUACUCAAAUUCCAACUUCAUCAUGGAUGACCGGUCGCAGUACUAUGUGAACCACCUGACCACCUUCCCAUUGGGUCCUGGGGAAGAGACCCAAACCGUGGAGGAGUCCGUCAAGAAACUGAAGGCCCUGGACAGCAAAGGAAGGAUCUGGACCCAGGAAAUGCUGCUGCAGGUCAACAGCUCGGCCAUCAGCCUGGUGGACAUUGAAUCCAAGGAUGAACUGGAGACUUACCCACUGGAUGCGGUCAAACACUGUGACUCGCUGCUGGACAAGUGGAGGUUUGACUCAAUCCUCAUCCUCAUUUGCCAGGAAGCUCACCAGGCGAAUCCCGAAAUCCACUUCUUCCAGUGCUCCGAGGUUGGGGCUGACCUGAUUAAGAGCGAUAUCAACAGCGCGAUCACAGACCUGCAGGGUGGCGGCAGGAGGGAGAGACCAAAUGCUCUCAGAUUCAACCAGGAGAAAAUGAAUGAGCAAAGCACAUCGCCACCUUCCCCACCCAUAAUCAGGGCCCCCCAAGCACCAGCAUUCUACAACCCCAUGAGCACAGGGCACAGGGCAGUGCCAUCAUCUCCAACAAAAGCAGCCACACCGCCAAUGGCCAGUGCAGAACUCAAUGGGACAGGUGGAGUUCCACAAGACAUUUCUGAACAGAGGACAGCUCGUGAUGUGGCGAUUCUCAAUCACACGUUCGAUGAUAUCGAAGCCUUCAUGGUGAGGCUGCAGAAGACGGCUGAAGCUUUCAAGAUCCUGGACCAGAGGAAGAAGAGCAGAAUGGGGAAGAAGCGAACUUCCAAAGAGAGUGGGGAGGGUCUCCUGACACUGAGAGCACGGCCCCCGACCCAGGAGGAAUUUAUCGAUGUCUUUCAGAAGUACAAAUACUCCUUUAGCCUGCUGGCUCGGGUGAAGAACCACAUUGUCAAUCCCAGUGCGACCGAACUAAUCCACUUCCUGUUCUCGCCCCUCGACACGAUGGUGCAAACAGUGGGUCAGCAUGUCGCCAGAUCGGUCACCACGCCAUUCCUCACCAACGAUGCCGUCCACUUCUUGAAGAACACGCUCAAUCAGACAGAGAUGGCGCAGUGGCAAUCACUGGGAGACUACUGGACAAAACCCAGAUUGGAAUGGCCCACCGAACACUGGGGAGCGCCAUACUAUAUCCAAUUCCGAUCAGGAUGGCAGCCGGAUGAUCUGGAUCCCAACGGAGCUCUGUGGGAAGAUCCCGUGGAACUGCAACACAAACACGAGUUGCUGCGGAUGCAGCAAUCAGGCCCACAAACUGCCCCUGUCAAACAGAGCAAUGGGACUCACAAUGUGGGGAACAAACCGAUGAAAUGCAGUUACGACUUUGUGGCCCGGAACAGUAACGAGCUCUCUGUGUUGUCUGGAGAAGUGGUCGAGGUGCUGGACAAUUCCAAGCGGUGGUGGAAGGUGCAGAAUCAGAGUGGGCAGGUUGGCUAUGUCCCCUUCAACAUCCUGGAGCCUGUUCCUGCCCAGGAUGUCGUUGACAGUUCAUUUUUAUAUGCAGAAGUGAACAAGGGGAACCAACAAACUCCGAAAGGCACUCCACCCCCCACCCUCCCGAAAAGGGUGAGCCAACCCCACCCCGAACAGGUUGGCUGGGACUCGAACCUUGAGAAUCUCGGCGUGACUCAGAAAGAGAGAGAGCGUCAUACCCAGAUUAACGUCAUGAAUGAAGAACUCUUAUUGAGGAUUGCCAAUGGCAGAACAGCACAGCAAAAGUCCUUCCAGGUGCAGAAGACCCUUGACACCUCCGUCCCUCUGGACUACACUUCAUCCCCAAGUGAAGUCAAGACUUGGCUGGAGGCCAAAGGCUUCUCUCAAAUGACGGUGAAUUCUCUCGGGAUCCUCACUGGUGCCCAGCUCUUCUCCCUGCAGAAGGAUGAACUGCGGUCGGUGAGCCCAGAGGAGGGCACCCGUGUCUACAGCCAGAUAAUGGUCCAGAAAUCACUGCUUGAGGAUAAUCGGUCUGUAACAGAGUUGGAGGCCAUAAUGGAAAAGCAGAAGAAGAAGGUGGAUUCUGAAAUAAAGAUGUCGACCUUGUGAGGACAGGAGAAGCCCAUCUAAUUCCAAAUACAUAGACUUCAAUUUUUGUUUCGGGCAAGUCCUCGGACACCUCAGCUGCCAUGUUUGAUGUGACAAUGAGCGACAUUAGUAUUGUCCCCUUCACAACGCCAAAGUUACCGAAGGGAAAUGUACAUAGAAUGUAGAUUUGUCUUUCACUUCCAUGCAUAUUGUAUUUUGAUAAGAAUCAACCAUUUUAAGGGAUGAAGUUAUAUUGAUCUAAAAUUACACAUUCAUUACAUAUUCCGACUGGAAAAUGUCCUCCUCUCUAUCCUGGUAUGAUGGUCUUAAGGGUUGGUAUUUAUUGAGCUGUGACCAAUGAGUAGUUUAGAAUAACGAAAGCAAUGUAGUUUUCUCGAAGAACCUAACCCCUUGCUACAUUGAGACAGUACCCUCCAUAAUAUUCUCUCAGAGCCUGGCGAUAGCUUACUUGACACUUUAGCUGGGCAGAGGGAAAGGGCUCCCAUUCCAUCACUGUGACUGGUGAGGGCGGGGCAAGAUAACGGGUACAUGUGCUGUCAACUGGCUUUUUAAAGGCAGGGAGGUUAAAAAAAAUCAGAAAAUAAGUUGGUUUACAAUCUGGCUCAGCGGUUAGCACUGCUUCCUCACAGGGACCCAGGUUUGAUUCCAGCCUCGGGGAUGAUCUGGGUGGAGUUUGCACGUUCUCCCCGCGUCUGUGUGGGUUUCCUCUGGUUUCCUCCCACGGUCCAAUGAUGUACAGGUUAGGUCGAGUGGCUGUGGUAAAUUAGGUUGGAUCUGCGUGGGAUGCCCUUCGAGGUUCAGCGUGGAAAUAAUGGGCCGAAUGGCCGUGUGAUAGUGAUUCUAUGAAUUUGAGGGAUAUUUCUAAUUGCUUUUGAUAAGAUUUUAAUAUUGUAUUUAGAAACCGAUUUUUACAAACACACUACAUAUGUAAUUACAAAGUUAGUGACAGAGGUAUAAUGAAUGUUGACACUAUUGCAAUGUGGGAUUGAUGAAGAGUUUUGGAGGAAGCUUUGAAUGUUUACAACUCAUGGUUGGAGCUGCUGGUGAGGAAGACCAAACCUCAAUCUUCCUCCUGAUGUACUGUCCCGUGACCACCCUCCCGCCUGUUCCUAACCGAGAAGGAAUCCCAUUACCUCUCCCAGACACCUUCAUGAUGCCACCAACAUAAUGAUCGUCUGCUCUCAAAGCACUAAUGCCCCCCACAUCCCACAGAGGGUCCUUCUUCUUCAACCCUUGUGAUCCAAGCAGUCCAGGGGUUUCGUUGCUCAGUUGGGAAAUCCCAAGCUAUUAAUCUUCAGGCGGCAAUGGGGAAAGGACUGUGUGUAACCUCAAUCUUCCAUAUACCCAAAUUCAAUUAAGUGUCACAACUUUGUGCCAACAGCAAACUUAAGGCUUGCUAUAUUUAUUCACACCCUGGGACCUAUCCUCUCCAUGGCAAAGGAACAGGAACUGUGCCUCAUUUUCUUUUCAAAUUACACAAAGGUUUGGAGGACAUUAGAUUCCCAUUUUGUGGCAAUGCAUCACCCGAUUAAUGUCAACCUGCCGACCAAUCAGUGUCGUCUUCUCAUGCAAUACAAAUAGUUGCUCCUCAUUGAAGUUUUGGCAUUCUUGCGUUUGUCCUGAUGAGUGAAACAUUAGGACAGCGCAUCGCUUUUCUCGGCCAUACUCAGGCCUAAGUUGUAGGAAACAGGACUCAGAGGGAGUUUUCCACAACAGAUGCUAUUUCGUGGAGGGAGGGAAUCCAGGGUUGGCAAACUGUCCUCCAGUGAAUUCUCCUGACAUGCAUCUCCAAAUUGACCACGCCAGGAAGACACUGGUAAAGGUUUACUCUAUCUUGCCCCAUCAUAGAGAUGUACAGCACGGAAACACACCUUUUGGUCCAACUUGUCCAUGCCAACCAGUUAUCCUACCUUAUCUAGUCGCAUUUGUCAACACUUUGCCCAAAUCCCUCUAAACCCUUCCUAUUCAUAUACCAGCCAUGUGCCUAUUAAAUGUUGUAAUUGUACCAGCCUCCACCACUUCCUCUGGCAGCUCAUUCCAUACACGCACCACCCUCUGUGUGAAAAACUUGCCCCUCAGGUCCCUUUUAUAUCUUUCCCCUCUCACCCUAAAUCUAUGCCCUCUAGUUCUGGAUUCCCCCAACCCAGGGGGAAAAAAAAGCUUUUCUAUUUAUCCUGUCCAUGCCCCUCAUGAUUUUAUGACCUCUAUAAGGUCAGCCCUCAGCCCGAGUGAGGAGGGAGGGAAACACGCACACAGGACUCACACACUGACAGAUGUGUAAAAUGUUAACCAUCUACCUCAUGGGGCAAGGGUGCAGGAUAUGGGGUUGGGGAGGGAGAGAGACUUUCCGGCAGCAGUUGGGGGUGGCAUGGCUGGCUCGCAACGCUAGGAACCCAGGUUCGAUCCCAGCCUCGGGUGACUGUCGGUGUGGAGUGUGCACGUUCUCCCUGUGUCUACGUGAGUUUCCUCCCACAGUCCAAGAUGUGCAGGUGAGGGUGGGUUGGCUGUGGGGGAUAAAGGAGGGGGCAGCCUGGCAGGAUGCUGUUUGGAGGGUCAGUAUAGAGACUCGAUGGGCUGACCUCUAUGAUCAAUUGCAAUAUUAUCGAAACAAGAAGCACACCUGAGGGUCCAAUCAGCCUCAAUUCAUGUAUCUAUUUCCUAUUUAGCCCAAAUUAUUUUUGCAUAUUUAUUACAAAACAAUCCAGCAAGUUUGGUCCAUUGCUAGAAUGUGGCACUGUACCAAGUAAUUCUGUAUUAGAAUCCAGGAAUGAUGGUUAUGUAACCUUAAAAGGCAGACAACUUCCUCCUCAUGGUAUACUUGUCCUUCGCACAGUUGGCUAUUUUCUAAUGGUUUUUACCUAUCGUCACAGAAACUUGGUUUCACCUCGAGUGACGGUAAACAGACUGUCACCAGUGCACCUGAAUGCUGCUAUUUAUUUUUCACUUUAGAACCAGACCAGGUUGUGUUGGAGUCUGUGUCCUUCUGUAUGAAGUCAAUAAAAUGUACCGACAGAAAGUGAAACGA